AUGGGCGCAAGUAGAUAUGGUAAUUCAUGUAAUGAGGUGUUAUUGAGCGCAUUGUGCUGAGGGUGGUUCAUGUCUGAACUCUCAGCUAAUGAUUUUUUCUUCAAAUGACGUAGAUUUAUAUAAAUAAUUUCUAUUCAUAAACCUGGAAUUUACUUUUUUACUAUAACUGGACUAACAUUUUGUACAUUAUAAUUUAUUUAUUCCAAUCUAUUGAGGUAAACUUUUCGAUUAGUCCUGCUAUAAAGACCUUGUGAUGGCAAAUAGAGGAGGAGCUCAAAGACCUAACAAUUCAUCACAAGGCAAGAUAUGUCAGUUCAAGCUUGUUUUGCUUGGGGAAUCUGCUGUAGGCAAAUCUAGCUUAGUGUUAAGAUUUGUUAAAGGACAGUUUCAUGAAUACCAAGAAAGUACAAUUGGUGCUGCUUUUCUAACACAGACUGUCUGUUUGGAUGACACUACUGUAAAGUUUGAAAUAUGGGAUACUGCUGGUCAGGAAAGAUAUCACAGUUUGGCACCCAUGUAUUAUAGAGGUGCUCAGGCUGCAAUUGUUGUCUAUGAUAUAACUAAUGUUGAUACUUUUAGCCGUGCUAAAACUUGGGUGAAAGAACUACAGCGUCAAGCAAGUCCUAAUAUUGUCAUUGCAUUAGCUGGUAAUAAAGCAGAUUUAGCUGCAAAAAGAACAGUUGAACAUGAGGAAGCUCAAGCUUAUGCCGAUGAAAAUGGACUACUUUUUAUGGAAACUUCCGCAAAGACAGCUAUGAAUGUUAAUGACAUUUUUCUUGCAAUUGCAAAAAAAUUACCGAAAAGUGACCAAAAUACUGGAAAUGGUGGUGCAAGCGAUGGUCGAAGAGGAGUGGACCUGAGUGAAAACCAAAAUCAAUCGGGUGGUGGCUGCUGCAAGUCAUAGGCUGGGCUGACAUCAGGCAGCAGACAAUUGAUAAAGAAAAAAAAACUACCAUUUUCUUCAUUUUUUUGAAAAAUUCAAAAGUAAUGUACAUUGGACGAUUUGUAUAUAUUAUAUAACACUUAUCUGAAGAUAUUUGGUCAUUGAUAAAAAAAAAACAAAAAAAAAGUUCUAAAGGUAUACUGAGACUGAUUAUUUCAUAGCAUCCUGUGUGUUGCCAUGUUCUUUACUUUAGAUAAUAGUGAAAGAACAAUAUACAGAACAUGCCCACACACUUUUUGUGUAUGUGAAAGCCUGUAAUCUCAGUUUGGCAUGAAUGAUUUUUUUUCUCCCCUAUAAUUUUUUUAAGCGUUAAUCUGCGGUCUUAUACAUGUUCUAUUAUAGUGUUGUGGAAAUUUUUAUCACUAUUUAUGUUCUUAUAUAAAAGUUCUUUUAUUUAAGUAGCUAUAUUUUUCUAAUUUUGUUUUAAAAAGACCUCACUACAACGUGUACUGCAUUGUUUUUCCAACUAAUUGGAAAUGCAAUAAAAUUAUCCCACUGGAUUGUAUAAAAUAUGUCGCAUUAGAAAUCGAAAAAUGGAAAAUUUCAGCUCUGGGUCCAUAAACAGCAUUUAUUAAGUAAUAAAUUUGCUAACAGUUUCUUAUGCAUACACAUGUUUGGUUAUUACACAAUUAUCUGAAGUAUACCUGUUUGAUUGUUGAAUUUUGUUGUUUUUAUAAAUCUUUGGUUCUUUAUUUUUAAAUAUGUUUGGCUGGUUCCACUCUGCUAAUUAUUAAUGAUCUUUGUGAAAAUUUCAAAUUAUGCCUUUUUGUGUAAGAACCAUGCCAUAUUCAUUGUUUUAAUAUAGUAAAAAAAAAAUGUGAAAACGUUUUGUUACAUUCCAUAGAAUGAUCAUUUAAUAUUUUUCCAUACAUAUAUAUUUUUCUUUUUGCAAAUUAUUCAUCUCCUAAUGUAAUUGAGAUAAUGAUGAGUUACAGCAUUCCUGUUUUCUUUUUCUUUAAAUUUCUCUUCAAAUUAAAAUAUGUAAAUAUAUAAAGGAAAGAAAAAAAAUCUCUAGUGUUAUUAUGACUAGAAACAAUGCAAAAGAGUCAGCUUAUUUUUUAUUAUCUUUUGCAAUAUUCUUUAAGUAACAUUAAAGCAGUGUUUCUCAACCCCUAGUAUCUUGCCUGCAAUACACUUUAAAAAAAAAAAAAUUCAGUAUGUUAAAAAAUAUUUAAGUUGUUUUAUUAUAAAUGUUAUACUGUUUUUCUAAUACAAAAGUAACUAUUUUAUUUCUAAAUUUCAAGAUUUUACUUCAAUUUUUAAUAAAAAUAAUUCAGAUAUGAUAUAUGGCUACUUAAAUUAUGCUUAAGAUAUUUAAAGUGUGUAUCAAACUUUUCUUGUUUAUAAUCUUUAACAAUCAUAGACUUAAUUUACUGAAUAGUCAGACUGUUUUUUUAUUUAAAUAUUUAUUGAUAAAUAUUAUGAUUCAAAAGUAGAAAAGUAAUUUGCAUAUUAUAACUGUAUAAACUUAUCUUGUUCCUUUAAAAUUUGAAUAAUGGUGCAAAAUUUAUGAAAGUUUCCACCCGUUAUGGUGUAAAUCUUUUUUUUGAAUGACCUUUUCAAUAGAUUUGUUGAGUAACACUGCUAUAAUUCAGUUAACGGUGCUCUUCCUCAGACACUGAUUACUUGAGAAUUAACUUUCAGGACAAACUUAAGUACCAUCUUUGAAUUUUUUUAUGCUCUCCUUUUAUUUGCAAUCCUUAAAUUUAGAUAUAAUCUAUAUUUUCAAUUUGCAUUCUUUAUGUACAAUCCAUGUUGUAUGAAAGUAUUAAAAAGCUAUGAAAUAUUUCCAAUGUAGGAGUAAUUACUUGUAUAUGUGCAAUUUAUAUAUCCACACAUUAAAUUAACACUUAUUUAAUGGCUCCGAAAAUGUCUUGAGUUCUUUGUAAACUAGUAUGCGUCAAUUUCAGCGCAGUUUAAAUUGCUUAUGUUUAUGCAGUUCAUCUGUAAUUUUAAUCAAAGCAGAAAUGUUUUACUUGUUGAGUGCAAAACUGUUGAACAUUAAAAAUGCUACUCUUUUUUGAGUUAAUAUCA